UCCACCUUGCUUCCUUCUGCUAUAUACGAGUUUGUUCUCUUCUUUCUCGCGCCGCUCUGCCUCUCUGCCCUCCGCGGACGCCGCCAUUGCCGUCGAUCAGCCGGGUCAACAGCUCUGCCUACUCUCUCCGCCGCCGUCACCGCGGCAGCUUUGCCUGUCGAAUUCAGUACGCGGUUUGUUGCUCGUCUAGUCGUCUUCCACCUCCCAAUCCGUAGUGCCGUUUCCAGGAGCAACCGAGAGGCCGCGCACGUGCCCGGGCGGUGCGACCGUGUGGUGCGCCAGGCCUGGACUCUGCUGUAGGCCAGCGGACGCCGACUUCCGCCCAGAUAUUUCAUUAGUUUACCUUCUCUGAACGCAUUGGUAUCCGGUGGUAUUUGGCACUCCUAUAAAAACUUGGGAAGGCGAGGGGUCGAUCCCGAGGGAAGGAGCCGCUCUCUACUUUACCAACACGAACGUAACCGCCCAGAGGCCCAGACCUCAUAUAUCCGCCGAGGACAGGGCCACAGGGGCCGAGAGGAGAGCAGAGAACGAGACGAGCAAUGGAGCAUCGCGUCCCAUCGUCGCCGCUCCUGCCCUGCAUCCUGCUGCUGCUCUCGCUCUUCUCAGUGGGCACAGUGUCGGCGCAGCAAAAGUUCGGCAUCAACUACGGGCAGAUCGCCAACAACCUGCCGGACCCCACGCAGGUGGCGAGCCUGCUCCGGUCCAUGAACGUGAACCGGGUGAAGCUCUACGACGCGGACCCCAAGGUGCUGACGGCGUUCGCCAACACGGGCGUGGAGUUCAUCAUCUCGGUGGGCAACGAGAACCUGCAGACCAUGGCGACCAGCCCCGGCGCGGCGCGGCAGUGGGUGGCGCAGCACGUGCAGCCCUUCAUCCCGGCCACCCGCAUCACCGGCAUCAUCGUCGGCAACGAGGUGCUGGGCAACAACGACACGGCCAUGGCGGCCAGCCUCGUGCCCGCCAUGCAGGCCGUCUACGACGCGCUCGCCGCGCUCGGGCUGAGCGGCCGGGUGACGGUCUCGUCGGCGCACUCGGUGAACGUGCUCGCCAGCAGCUUCCCGCCGUCGUCCGGCGCGUUCCAGGAGGGCGUGGCGCAGUACGUGAGGCCGCUGCUGGACUUCCACAGCAAGACGGGCUCCCCCUUCCUCAUCAACGCGUACCCAUUCUUCGCCUACAAGGGGAGCCCGGCGAGCGUGUCGCUGCCGUACGUGCUGUUCCAGCCCAACGCCGGCGUGCGCGACGGCGGCCUGGUGUACGACAACAUGCUGUACGCGCAGAUCGACGCGGUGUACGCGGCCAUGAAGGCCAUGGGGCACACGGACAUCGGCGUGCGGGUGUCGGAGACGGGGUGGCCGUCGAAAGGGGACGAGGACGAGGUGGGCGCCACCGCGCAGAACGCGGCGGCGUACAACGGCAACCUCAUGCAGCGGAUCGCCAUGGGCCAGGGCACGCCGCUCAAGCCCAGCGUGCCCAUCGACGUGUUCGUGUUCGCGCUCUUCAACGAGAACAUGAAGCCCGGGCCGGCGUCAGAAAGAAACUACGGGCUGUUCUACCCCAACGGCUCCCCGGUGUACGCGAUCAACGCCGGCACCGCCGGGUCCGGCGACGGCGGGGGGUCGUCGGUGGGGAGGUUCGACCCGUACUCGUCGCAGUCCAUGUUCUCGGCCGCGUCCAGAUUGGUGGCGGUAAGAAGAAGAUUAUCUUCUUUGACGCUACUGCUGGUAUUGCCCGUGCUGUCAGCAUUGUUGGCAUGCUGAUUGAUUAAAGUAAACUAGUAGUGAUUCAUCACCAUUCAUUGUAUACGGAAGCAUGUUGUAAAUCAGUUAUGGGGCAGGCCGAGAUUCGGAAA